ACCCGGAGGGGAAGGCAGAAUUUUCCGCCCUCAGUAAAGAUGGCUGCUCCCAGCAGGCGGGAGGUUCUGCGGCUGUUGUCCCAGCUCGGAGCCUUCAUCCUGACCCGGUUCGGCUUCUGGAACUGCUUCAGCAUGCUCAUGCUCUUCGCCGAGCGGGCCGACGUGAAGAGGAAGCCGGACAUUCAGGUACCGUAUUUGUACAUUGAUAUGGGAGCUGCGGUGCUGUGUGCUAGCUUCAUGUCGUUUGGAGUGAAGAGGAGAUGGUUUGCUCUCUUUGCAGCUGUCCAGCUGGCUUUCAGCACAUAUAUGUCCUACGUUGGCGGACACGUCCAUUACGGAGACUGGUUAAAGGUCAGAAUGUACUCCAGAGCCAUGGCCGUCAUUGGAGGAUUCCUGGUGUUGGCCAGUGGGGCGGGAGAGGUGUACCGGCAGAAACCUCGCACACGCUCACUGCAGUCCACAGGACAGGUCUUCUUAGGAAUCUACUUAAUCUGUUUGGUCUACUCCCUCCAGCACAGCCAGGAGGACCGGCUGGCCUACCUGGACCACAUUCCCGGCGGGGAGGUCACCGUGCAGCUGCUGGUGGUGGUCUUUGGGGUCCUGGCUCUGUCGUUCCUGUCCGGCUACUAUGUGCAGUUAGCCUCUCAGAUUCUGGCCAUCAUCCUGCCACUGGUGAUCCUCUUCAUAGAUGGAAACGUCGGGCACUGGCACCGCACCCGCCGCGUGGAGUUCUGGAACCAAAUGAAACUGAUCGGGCAGAACGUGGCCAUCUUCGGGACGGUGCUCAUCCUAGCCACGGACGGCUAAAAACCCAGACAGAAGACGCUUACUAAGUCAAGCUGGUAGAUGAAGCUGAACUGGAGGUGAUGGAGCUCAUGAAAAAUCAGAUGUGCACAGUUUUCCCUCUUACACCAAACACCAUCAGGCAGCCAAGACAUAUUUGGACGGCGUUAAUCUGGAGCCUAAACGUUUCGUUACUGAACUGCUCCCUCAGUACAGCCUUAAUUAGACUACACUGUACUUAACAUCACUGAAACAUUCCUCUCUUCCGUGAGAUGAUUUCUCUUUACUGGGCUGACAUUAGGCACUUAGGCUGGUUAGUUAAAAUACAUACACCGCAUCAUCUGGAGCAGAAAAUGAGAUGGAAUUUGGGGGCUUUCAUUUAGUUUUGUGUAAAUUCUUCUGAAUUGUUUAACACAAGUAAAUGUUUUAUUUUCACAUCUACAGCAUAAAAUAAAAAAGUGCAUAUAUA